GGGUUGCAACAUCAAUAACAAGCGGCAUUAUAAUAAUGGAACGUUCGCCCUGCACACUUUUUAACCAGUAGUCUUUUCAGGCCGACCAAAAGCAACUGCACAAUCGUAAUUUUCCGUCAACCCUCUGCUGCUAAAGGGAAAAACUGAACCCGCUUUUUUUCAGUAUCUCAAAAAGAGGGCGUUGCAGGAAAAACAGAAGGUGACAUGUCCUUCAUCAGAAAGACGAGUGCACGUUAGAAGACAGGCAUGAGCGAUUGGGAAUGCUUCUGCAGCUUGACUUGUUUGGGAGGAUACUGAAUUAGAUGUGAGGAAUAUCAUUAAAAACCACGACGGGGAGAUGAAUUGAUGUGAAAAUGCGAGGUCUCGGGUGAAUUUGUGCAGGUGGAUGGCUAACCUGAUGUUAUCAAUUCCUUUUCUCCCCGCUCCUGCCGCGUUGCUGUGCUGUGAGUCUACGAUGGUGUCGAAGAAGCCCGGUAGCCAGCAGUAGAAAACGGCGACGCGAGUCAUGCUUCCCGGGGUCGGGGUGUUUGGCACCAGCUUGACCGCAAGGGUUAUCAUCCCCCUUUUGAAGAACGAGGGGUUUGCAGUGAAGGCUCUUUGGGGACGCACUCAAGAAGAGGCGGAGGAGCUGGCUAAGGAAAUGAACGUGCCGUUUUAUACCAAUAGGAUCGACGAUGUCUUGUUGCAUCAAGAUGUGGAUUUGGUGUGCAUUAACCUACCUCCCCCUCUAACGAGACAGAUUGCUGUCAAAACGCUGGGUAUUGGCAAGAAUGUUAUCUGUGACCGAACUGCCACCCCGCUGGACGCUUUCCGCAUGAUGUCAGCGGCUCAGUAUUACCCCAAGCUGCUGAGCAUCAUGGGGAACGUGCUGCGCUUCCUGCCGGCGUUCGUCAAGAUGAAGGAGCUGGUGGAGGAGGGCUACGUGGGAGAGCUGCUGGUGUGCGAGGCGCAGGUGCACAGCGGGAGCCUGCUGGGGAAGAAGUACAACUGGAGCUGCGAUGACCUGAUGGGCGGCGGUGGGCUGCACUCGGUGGGCAGCUACAUCAUCGACCUGCUCACCUUCCUCACGGGCCAGAAGGCGGCCAAGGUGCACGGCUUCCUCAAGACCUUCGUCAAGCAGACAGACCACAUCCGGGGCAUCCGGCAGAUCACCAGCGAUGACUUCUGCACCUUCCAGAUGGUGCUGGAGCGGGGCGCCUGCUGCACGGUGACGCUCAACUUCAACGUGCCGGGCGAGUUCCGGCAGGAGGUGGUGGUGGUGGGCACGGUGGGCCGGCUGACGGUCAGCGGGACCGACCUGUACGGGCAGAAGAACAGCGCGCCCGACAGGGAGCUGCUGCUGAAGGACAGCACGCCUCUGGGGAACGCGGCACUUCCAGAGAAGGCCUUCAGCGACAUCCCCUCGCCCUACCUCACCGGGACCAUCUGCAUGGUGCAGGCCGUGCGGCAGGCCUUCCAGGGCCAGGACGACCGGCGCACCUGGGACGGCCGGCCGCUCACCAUGGCCGCCACCUUCGAGGACUGCCUCUACGCCCUCUGCGUGGUGGACACCAUCAAGAAGUCCAACCAGUGCGGGGAGUGGCAGAACAUCGUGGUGAUGACAGAGGAGCCGGAGGUGAGCCCCGCCUACCUGAUCAGCGAGGCCAUGCGGCGGAGCAGGAUGUCCCUGUACUGCUAGCGCAGCGGGCCGGCCGACCGCGGGCGGGGGAGGGGCGGAGGUGGGACAGCCAGCCGACAUCACAGGAAGUGGUGGGCGGGCAGUGUAGGAAGUGGGGAAGGUAGCCUUCCACAGAUUCCACCCAUCACUUGAAGGAGGAGGAGUGUGUCGGAGGCUCGUCUGUGCUGGCUGGCAGCGGAGAUACGGCCGAGAAGUACCUCCUCCCUGAGUCUCCAUCAGCUGUUUGCCAGCUAUGCUGACCAACACGGAGGUCUGGGGCUUCUUCAGAAUCCACACGGAAACAGCAAUACAAUCUUCCUCCCGCCACCUCCUCCCCUCUUUACAGCCAGUUACAAACUCCAUCUCAUACUGUCUGUGUGAGAGGGAAAGACUAACUCAUGCUUUUUCAAACGCCACACAACGCCAGGAACAACGAUAGUGCUGAAGUUUGUGUGUGCGCGUGUUUGUACCUCCUUGUAGGUAAUUGUGGUACACUGUUGGACUGAGCGUCCUGUGUCUGUAACUCUGUGUGGACCCGAAAAAAAUCAAAACAACUAAAAAUCAAUAGUUUGGCUAGUAGGGCUCUCCCGUUAUGUAUGCAAUAAAUACGCCUGGAUUUCCUGAGGUUACAUCGUCAUGCCUGAAACAAGGGAAUGCCCGCUGCCUGUUCCACCACUAGAAGAUGAUGUAUGUUCGGAUGCAAUACACGUAACUAUUCAUCGACAUGAAUGAAACCCAUUGCUGUGCUGCGGGGUCGUAAUAAAAGCACGUCAUGCCUGUUAGGGGGUGUGUUUGUUCCGAUCGCUCCAUGAAAUUCCCCAAGCUUGCUAUUCAGAUGCAAACUAUGCCUGUUGUAUUUGCAUGCCUAAAAAAAGCCUGUUGUCUGUCAGCAAAGACUUUGAGUAUAACAAUCAGAAAUGGCCUCAGACGCAGCUCUCCAGGAUAACUGCUAGGCGGGGCCGUGGAAGGUAGCAUGCAUGAAGCUGGACCAGGCCAUACCCACUUUUCAAGCCGUGGUCUCCACUCGUGGCCCUGCUCAAAGGAGCCUCGGACAGGAAGCUAACUGUCAAAGACGUGCCCUUGGCGUCAUUUGCCGUAAGGACAGAAUUGGUAGCAAUGUACAAAGUGGGCACAAGAUAAAAAAAACUGUCAACUCGGUGUACUAAUAUGGUCAGGAUGUUUCCAAUUAUGAUAAAAUUGGAUAUGUGAAAGCAGAGAAAUCAAUGCCUCCUCUUUCACACAAAGAACUAGACAUGUAGCUUAUGAUUUAUCUUUCUGAAUCAGAGCACACAUUGACCUACAAGCCAAAAGAUUGAUUUUUAUUUUUUCAGUGUUCAGCUGGUGGUAUUAAGCAGGCCAUUUCAGGGUCUCCAUGCUGUAGCCCACAGUCCUUGGAAUAUAUAGGCCUACAUAGAAAAUAAAUGUGUGAACUUUUGUUAAAAUCUACAUGUUUGCAUUAUAUUUGUUUUAAACUGUCUUUGAGAACUCUGCUGUAUAUAACUGAAAUAUGAUCUGAUACCCACUCAGUUCAUUAUAGUAUUUAUUUUUGUUGAAAUGUUUUCGAGUGUCUAGUGAGAUUAAUGGAAGAGAAGCCUUUUGGUAAGGACUUCCUCAAUAUGUUUUUCCACUGUGAUGACAAGGGCCUUUAAAUGUGACCCUCUCCUGGUCCUACUGAAGAGACAUUGUAGGAGCAGGAAGGGACAGAGGGCACUGUGACCUUAUUUCAGGAGCCUAAUGGAGCGUUUCAGGGGCUUUAGUCACUACGUUUGUGACACAGUCACACAGAAACGGACUGAUGGGCGGGCGGUGUGAAUCAGCAGCAACACUGUCCUGUCAUGUUUCAUUGAUCUGCUUUGGCUAAUUAAACCACAGGGUUUAAGUUGGGCAUCUCUUGGCCUGUAAGACUGCUGUGACUGGGGAGGUGUGAGCACAUGCUCUCCAGGCUCCUGAAAGUAUGUCGCGUGGCAGUUUGACCCAUCUCGCUUACACAGUCUCUGAUCCUGCCUGAUGUCCAUGCACUGGCUUUGUAAAUUGUCGUUUACAGAUGUUUUGAUCCAGGCUCUGCUAAUGAUUCAGUCAAAGUUUGUUUUUUAUGAUGCAUUCCUUAUGGUUCUCUUAACUGUUUUUUGUUCUUGUCUGACAAGAGUUCCAUUAUGGUUGCUUGGUGAUUUACACAAGCAUGUUUGAGAUUAAACAGUUUCCCCGCUCAAUAUUCACAAGGGCCAAAGCAAUCCAAAAAUAUGAUUUUCAUUCAUGUUCCUUUUUCUUGCUUUUGGGUUUAAGUGGUCUGUGACUCUUCAAAAAUGAGAAAGACCUGGAUGCCCAGUUGUAGACUCAUGAAAAUGUCCAGCUGUCAGACAAUGUGAAACAUGCAGGUCUAUGCCAGAGAGGAUCAUGUAAACGAGAUCUCAUGUUCGUUAGGAAUUUUUGUUCAGGAAUUGACUUUCACUGUCAUUCUUUGUUGAAGCUGUAGAGUCUCCCCUUUAAUCACUGAGGAUUUUUGUCAUAAAGUGUGCCUUAUAUGGGUGGAAGCUAGAAAACUAUGAAGAUUCUUAAAAAUGUAUUAUCAUUUCAGGUGUCUAAAAAUUGGGAGAAACAUUAAAAAAAAGACAACAGAAUGUGAUAUUAUUAGGUAUGACACCUGAUCACUUAGCGUUCAUGUUUCUCCUGGCCAGGACAUCGCCCGGGUUUUCCCAUUUUCACUCAAUGUUCAGAGUUCUUUGUUUUCAGGGUUUUACCAGAUAAGGGGCACCUUAUUGCACAAUAAACCUCAGGGAGUUGGGGGCUUCCAUAUUACUUAGCCUCAUGAUUUGAUAAUCUCAUAAUGAAAACCCAUCUCACUGUGGGCCUGUCGGUUUAAUCCCAGGAAGAGGUGGUGUGUGAUUGAUGACUCUGAGGGAAUAAGUGUGUGAAAUCCAAGGUUACGCUUCCUGCAUAGAGUGUGAAGUGUUCUGUGCUCAGCACCCCCACUGUUAAUGACUUGACUUUUUUUUUCUCAUGUGCCCUCUGAGCCAAGCAAAUGGUAAAGAAAAGCUGUGGAUGUGUAUUAUGCUUGGUUGAUGUAACUCGGGUGGGGGUCAAGGAAGAGUGAACGAUGCGCAAUCCAAGCGGUGUUCUCUGAGGCCUUAAACGGAAAAAUGACCUGUAGCAUGGAGGUCAGCUUAAUCCUGGGUCUUCCAGAGUCUGUCCGCCAUUACGCGUGGCGGCCGGGGUGAGCCGUGCCUUGUGGAGGUGUGUGAUUGGACAAUGCCUGUUCUGACCACACCCUGCUACUGUGGGGUCAUCUGUGUAGUGUCCAAUGGCUUUGCACAAUCCCCCCCUCAAUAAAACCGAGUGGUCUGUAAAUUGAAUCUGAUUAAGGGACAGAUGUAAUCAAACAUUUGAAUCACCAAAUUAUUUUUUGAAAAUUAGCAACCCUGUACUAAUUGCAAUUAAAGUAUUGUUGUAGUGCUUUUUAGCAUUACAAGUGCAGAAAGAAACUAAACUGAUAUUAGCACCAUGUACUGAAUAAGCUGUUAGCAGACAAGGUGAUGUUUAAUUGUAGCUGCAGUAAGGCAGUGACAUUGGAAGCCUCCUCUUAAUCAGUUGCCUUUAUGGCAUUGCACCUGAGGGGAAUGUAGGUAAGAAGAAUUUGCAAAGUGGAACUUAAUGAAAGAUUAUGUAAAUGUUUUGUAUUUAUGGUGCUGUCUGCCAUGCAGAGGAAUAAAGAUGCAAAACAUUGCUGGCAGCAAUGUUAUAUUUAGUAUCCGUUAUGAAUUACUGCAUCACUUUCAUUAAAGCUAAGAAUUACUGUACAUAAUGUCCUCAAGCCAGCGGUUCUCAGUUGGGAAGUGGGAAAGUGAAAUUGCAUCACGUUCACCCCCUUUCAAGAAAACACGAUAGUUCUGCCCAGUCUAGCAUCUCAACCGGCGUAUGAGGUCUUUACCUCCUUCAGUCUCUCCACAUUUUUCCAGGCAAUUAGAGAAAAUACCAAGUCUCUCUUCCGUGACAUUCUAAUGGGGAACACCCAUUAGCACUGAACUUAACAGUAGUGUCAUAAAAGAGAAGAUUGAACAUGGGUCAAUCCAGCCAACAAAGGAUCUCAUUUUAUCCUUUUUCAAAUAGAACACCAUUCUCAAUUGAACGCGGGCUUGUGUGAUUUACCUGCCAGGAAUAGAUCUGCGUUAAAUUGGUGUUAACAGCCCCCCUCCUCCCCCCAUCCUCUCUCAUAGUUGCAGGAUUUGGACACCUGAUUGAUGGGUCUUUUUGAAUUGGAGGGCUCUUGAUGUACCACAAGUCAUCUUUGCCCCCUCCCGCACAGGCUGAGAGCUCUUUGAAAAAUGCUUUUAAUCACAGAAAUAAUUUCUUUUCCAGCACCCAUGUUUCUGAUGCCAGAAAUGCUGAACCCAAAGGCUAAUCCAGUUUUCAUGCACAGGGUUUCUCUUUAGAGCACAACAUCUUGCUCUGUGCUCUAAUGACAUUGCGGUACUGGCAUACAGCAGAGACACCUCCUGCUUCCACAGAGACAUGGUUAAAAUGUACAUUGUAAAAUCAGAUGGUGCCAGUCACCUCAUACUGUAUUCCAGUAGGCCUGUGAUGAAAUGCUGUGGUUGCAAUACAGAGACUCAGUCAUGAGCUCACAGAAUGAUUUGCUCUCAGAGGUAGAUUGGCAGCAAAGACGUAUUUUAAGCAGUCUCUGUUUUUGAGGGGUUUUCUUUCAGGCCCUUAAUGAAUUCAUGACCAAAUGAGGAGUUUUUUUUAUUUUGAUAUUUAAAGUAACAAAUACAUGAUAAAUAUUUCACAAAUGUGGAUUUUUUAAUAUUCCCUCGCUAUAUGCACACCAAUUAAUGUCCAGUGUCAUUUUUAUCCGUGAUAACUAAAAUACAAUGUGCUCUUCAGGUCAUCAGCAUUUUAGUCCUAUUGAUUUCUGUUUGAUUAAUUCAAUUGUGACAUUAACAUUAUCUUUGAAUUAUUACCUGAGCAACUGGAAAAUGUAUUAUCUGUUUUGUUUAGCAGGUAUUGCCCGUAACAUACUAUCAGUGUGUGUUUGUAAGCAAAGUCCAUGAGGCACUUCCUGUCCAAGUGUACAUGAUACAAAAAGAAAGUUGUGUUGCCAAGAACAGACUGUUCAAUUACUGUAUGUCUUUACUCAAUUUGCCUGUGGCUUCUUAGGCGUGUCUGGUUCUCUGCUGAAAACUUGAAAAAAUGGAAAGAUGUUACAACUCAACUGUUAGUGCGUGCGUGUUUUGCUUUGUUUGCCGAAAUGUGAAUUCAUGUAUCUCCUUCCGUGGGCAGCAUUUACAAACUGUUGGGGGGUACGCGUUGAGGGGUACGGUGGAGGAUGGGUGAUCCACAAGGAAUCUGCCCUGGAAACAGUUUGGAACGUCUAUAGGCAGGCUCCAACCUUUCGCCUAUAGUUCUGCUGCGACAUUUUGAUUUGAAAGCCUGUUGUUCUUGAAGCAUUAUUAAAUUGCAGUGCUUUCACCCAGAGAACUCCAAAUCUGUCACUCAAAUCUGCCAAACCCCUGCUGUGAGAUAUAAUCUGUUCUGUCUCUUAUCUGUGCAUUGGACCUCCCCCACUGGAAGGCUACACAUAUGGUUUUCAGCUCUAACGUAAUUGAUAGCAGAGUGGCUCAGCUGGUAAUAAUAAUAAUAAUAGUAAGCAUCACAAUAAUAAUUUUAUAAUGAUUUUAUUAUUUUUUCCAUCUUGUCAGUAGUUGCUAAUGGCUUAGGGACAGUGCUCACACUUGAAGAAGUGUGUCAGUUAAGGACGGGAAUCUGAGCUGAUAUGUGGGGCACUAAGCUGGCCAUCUGACACGUCCCGCUUCGCACCGUAGCGCCUGAGGUCACGCCGCUCAUUGUGGGAGAAACAACCUUAAAGAGGUGCUUUUUUUGUGCUCCCACAGAACUGUAUCCUAGCAACCGGCCUGCACUGCCACAGUGCCAAACCCAGUCCAUCUUGGAUGUGCUUUCCCGUUCAGGCUCAAAGUGAGGGAAGCGUGGAGUGGGUGUGUAGCGACUCGCACAAUGCCAAGUGGGAGAGGUAGGGCGUCUCAUGUUUUGAAUACCAACGAGACUUCUCCAGCACCAUCUGCACUUCUGGUUUGGAAACCUAGAUGGCUCAGAGCGUUGGCGCUGCAAUAUCUGUGGUAUCAAGCUUUCUGAGGUACACUGGUCCCCUGGACAGCCCACCUCUGGGAGAGGUGAAUAACACCACUGUAAAAGUCUUCGGUAUAGGAUUGAACCUACAAUCCUGUUGAACGUGACUCCAGGCUUAAAAAGAUCCCCCUGGCAAAUCUCUCCUCAGUUCCGUAGCCCUCGUCUCCUUUGUCUCCAUUGUAUUUUUCAUGUUUUGUAAGACCCUCUUACUGUGGCCAUGGCGACUGGGUAUGGUUGAAAACCCUGUGCGAGUCUGGUAUACAGUGUCAUCCCCCCAGCCACAUUUGUGAAUGCUGCCUUUUACAGUUACUGUACAGCUGAACUGUUCACACUGAAGGAAAUGUCAUUUUGAUGCUGUAUUGAUGUUGACUAUAUUUAUUGUAUUUUAUGUAUAUUGUGGACGCAUGGGCCUAUGUAUAUAUAUUUUGA